GUUGUUCUUGUGAUUUCCAAGAGAGGAACAAUAUGAAAGCUUUUGCAUUCCUGAUGUGUUUGCUGGGCUCCUUGCUAGCUGCCCCUGCUCAUGACAGUGGCAGCAAUGAGGAGGGGAUAACAGGCCAUGCUAGCACAGCAUUGCAGUUGAUGGAACUCUACAGAAUGUUAGGACAGCUGCAGCAACAGGGUUUUGGUGCUGUUGCUUCGCCUGCUCAACAACCUGCAGCACCAGCAGCACCUGCACCUGUUUAUGCCCAGCCUAAGGUUUUGCCUCAAAGACCAGAGCAGCACUUCUUUUUCAACCCUGCUCUAUUGGCACACAGAGGAGAUGGGUCAGACGAGGAAGGAGCACCACAGUUUCGUGGGUUUUACCCUCCCUAUGGCUACCAGCCUGCCCAGCCGGCUGCUCCAUUGAACUCAGAUGAGGCAGAAGAGGGGGAGGAGGCAGCGGUGGCAGAGGGGGUGGAGGCCGUAGAGGGGGCUGAGGCUGGGGCUGAAGCUGCACCUGAGCCUACUGGAGGAGCUCCAGCUGUAGAUGCUGGUGUUGCAAAUGAAAUCCUACCUGUCAAUGUUGCCAUUGAUGUUCCCUUUACUGCUGUUGAUCCUGCUCCUGACGUCAUUGCUACUGCUGCUGCAAACGUUGAUCCGGCCCUCAUCCCCCAGGAACCUUCAGUCGCUGUGGAAAUCGACACCACUAUGGUGGGGCCUGACGUUGCCACUGGUGGAGAGCAGGUGGUAAUGGCUGAAGCUCCUGGUGCUGGUUUGACCGUGUAGUAAGUGAGAUGAUCACAAGCCCCGCUCCAUGAUCCUGACCAAUUGCUGACAUUACUGUAAGACUACACCUCUCUGGUCUGAACAUUAUAGCACAGGGACUGGGCUAGACUAAAUGGCAGUAUAACUGGCUUGCUGGAACAAAAUUUGGCACAUUCCUGUUGUGUUGUGUGUGAAAAUGUUUCUUGGCUGAUAAUAUUUACUAAUAACCUCAUUGUAAGAAUUGAGCCAAACACUGCUGUGAACCGUGCUAUAUGUUAUUUGUCCCCUCUCUGUGCUGUGCUUUGUUUUGUUUUUUUGUGUAACUGCAAUUACAUGUCUCUUUAAUCAACCAAAGUGUAACUAUAUACCUCUUUGGAAAAAUAAAAUAAAAG